AUAUAUAUAUAUAUAUAUAUAUAUAUAUAUAUAUAUAUAUGUAAUUAUAUUGUUGUUUUUAUCGAGCACAUUUAUAUACAGUCAAAUUGGUGAUUAAUUGAUGCAAUGUAGUUAUUGUAUAAUGGAAAUAACAAAUGCAGUAAAUGUGAUUGGUUCAUUUUUGGCUCCAUCUUUAAAACACGUAUUUGUGAUACAAAGUUUUAUGGAAAAUGACAGGAAAUGUUAAUAAGUAUAUUAAAGUCUUACUAUCAUUCAUAAAUUCGUGUCUUUUAUCUCUUUUCUUUUUCUUCUUUUUUUUUCUUUUUUUAUUUUCGUAGUAUUUCUAAUAUUGGACGCCAUAUUGGAACGUUAGCAUUUUCUGCAUUUCUUCUGUCCAUUAUGUCCCUUUUAUUACUUUCUAAUUAAAAUUCGUCAAAGAGUACUAAUGAAUCAUAAUUUAUAUAUAUAUAUAUAUAUGUGUGUGUGUAUAUAUAUGAUAUAUAUAAGAUAUAUAUUAUAUAUAUAUACAUAUAUAUAAUAUGAAUAUAUCGUGUUAUAUAUUCUCUGUAGCUAUUCCUAUCUUUAUAAAAUACGUGUGAUAAAAGAAAAACUGACGCUAGUUCGUCGGCGCUUUAUUUACGCAAGAGAGAAAGAGAGAGAGAGAGAGAGAGAGAGAGAGAGAAUUCUGUACGCACGUGUCGCGUUUGCGUGUAAAUGGUAUGAAUGUGUAAAAAAAUUUUCAACGUGUCGACGUUCAAAGAUUAGUAUGAUUUAUACUUUCUAAUAUACGAAAAUUUGAACGUAUGAAUCGUGCAUUAGCAAGUUACUAUGGUGCUGCGAGCUUUACGAUCGGUUGUUUUAUAUUAUUAGCUAAUCAUAAUUAAUUCAAUGGAGAGCCUGAAUACAACGCGGCGGCAACCAUGGUGAACGAUAUCUAUUAGCGAUGAUUUUUCGGUUUUAACAUAUUUGUAGCGAAUAAAGAUCACGUAAAGAAAUAAUAUUGUAUAAUUUUAAUAAUUUAAAUUAACCUUCUUUAAUAUCUAAUAGAAAUUUUCUAUUUAUUCUUGGUACCAGCUGGAUCCCCUUAUUAAUACGUUCCUGAGUCUAUCUUGGCGCGAUUCGACCAAUGCGUCGUUAAGUACGUAACGCUAUUAAUAGAUGGCGUUAAUUUCUUCUAUAUUUACGUAACACAUUUACGAUAAAAACUUUGAAGGUUAAAUAUGUUUUGUUCUACAUGCUAUUAUUGUGAUUGAGUCCACGUUAAAAAGCUAAUUUAAGCGGCAUGGGUGAUCCUGAUGGAUUAUAUAUUGAUUUGAAUGUGAAAGAUUAUGUUAAAUAUAUACAUAUAUGUUAUUUUAUAUGUAAUAUUUCUGUUAUAAAAAUUAAGGAAAUAGAGUGUAUGCCAUAAAAAGAAAUUUUGUUUGAAAAUAUUGAUAAUUUUAAAUGAGAAAGAUAUUGAAAGCAGAGAAGAUAUCUAUAUUAAUUUUGAUGAUAUAUAUGAUUUCUAUUAUAUAAAAAAUGUCCUGCCAACGUGUUAUAGUAGAUGAUAAACUAUUGUUUCGCAUUUUAAAAACCAAAGGCUAUGAUAUAUCCACUAUAUGUGAUAAAAUGAAGUUGGACGCAAAAAAUAUAAUAGUAUUAUCUGAAGAAGAACUAUGCGAAUUAUGGUAUCAUGUGAAAAUAGUACUGUUAAAGGCACAAAAGUUAUCUAUAUUACAAUCGAAUAAUAAAAAUUCCAAAGAAAAGCAACAAGCAUUAAAAUUGAUAGAGACGAUAGCCGCAAUGGCUUUGGAGACAGUGCUGCAAAGAACAUUUUUACCAAAUAUAUUAUUAGAGAUUGUAAUAAUACUUCACUCGGUUAUAUUACCAGAAAUGAAAGAUACAAAGGUAAAAGAUGAAAUAUCAUACCUUCUAGAAAAUUGGUGGAAAUCAAAUAUGAUAUGGAAAGAAAAAGUAAUAAUAAAUGCUAUAAAGCACCUGACCGAAACAUCUGAAAGUUCAUUGGUAACUCAUAUAUGUAUAAAUUCAUACUUUCAUAAUCUGCAUAAAUACAUAAAUUCAUAUAUGCAAAAAACGUCUGCAAGUUUUUAUACAAAUAACGUAUCAUACUUUCAGCAACAUAUUAAACGAUUACAUAAAAUAAGAUCUGCGCUGUAUUUAAUAGAACGUAACGAUGAUAUACAAAUGUUGGUUGAAUUAUCGCGGAGUAGCAUCGUUAUGUCUAUACCAGAAGGAAGAGUUAUUUUGUUAAAAUUAUUUGCGUUAGGAGAAGAAUUCGUAAUGGGGAUUCAUAAUAAUGUAAAAGCAAUACUUGAAAUUGCAGAACCUGAUAUAAUAAAAGGAUAUGCAAAUUUGUAUGCCAAAGCAUGGUUAAGUGCUACCAAUAAAACUAAGAAGUUGAUAAUCGAAAAAUGUUUCAGAAACAUUAUUUUUCAUUGUCUUAGAUCACGUAGAGAUUCUACAGGACGAGUCAAACUUGGAACAAAUUUACUUAUAUUCAUAGAUGCAUUAUAUCAUUAUAAAAGCAAUACAAUAAGAGUAAUGUUGCAUGAUCAUUGGAAAAGUUUAUUAUGGGAACAUUUGAAGGCUUCUGGAUCAUGCGUCAGAUGCAACGCAGCUGAAAUUCUAUUUAUUAUUUAUUCUGUGGAAUCGAAACAUUUGAUGCAAAAUGAAAAUAACAUGAAACAAUAUUCAAAAGCUAUUUCAUACCUUUUGAAAGAUUCCAAUCAGCAAGUGUGUCUAAUAGCUAUAAAUGGUACUUAUAAAAUAUUGGAGUCUCAUUGGAAGCAUAUACCUGCUAAUAUAAUUAAAAAUUGGUUAAAUAUUUUAUCAUGUCAUAUGAAAAGCAAAUCUUCUUCAGAAAUUAAAAUAAGUAUCCUAAAUGGUAUCAAACAAAUGGUGUCUAAUAAACACUCUCAUACAAGUGUAAAAAGUUUUAUAAAUAACUUUGUCAAUCAAAUAUAUUACGCAGCAGACAUAGAUGUUAUCAAAUGUUUUACUAAACUUAUCGUAUAUCUUCAAAAUCAGAUUGGCAUUUUAGUUUGGGAUAUUGUUGCAUUAACUACUUUAUUGAAAUGCAUAGAGGAUACCAAUGAGUCCAAAUUAUUACAGCAAUUAAUAAAAUUACUAUGUUUGCGAAUACAACCACAUGAUAUAAGUAAUGGCAAUGCCACACAAGAAAUCAUAAAUAUAGGAAUGAAGAAUAUUACGGCAACAAGAAAGUUUUUUUUUCAUUCAAAGUAUAUCAUUAAUUGGGAUAAUGCUUCUAAACUUAUAAAUAUUAUAUUACUGACUAUUGAAAGACAAGCAUGCUGUUUAUUAGCAGAUGAUGAAACAAGCAAUAAAUGUAGUAAAAGAUUUAAAAGGAAUAACGAUAAAUCACAUAAUGCAAACUCUACCAAAGAUAUAAUUAAACAAGAAAUUAACACAUGCGAAUCAAUUAAUAUAUUGCUUGAGGUAGUUGCUGUAAUAUUAUAUGUAAACAAAAAUAAUGUUACGAAAGAAUAUUUUGACAAAGAAGAGGGAAGGGACUUACGAAGGAUCUGUACAAGCAUACUGCCACAAAUUUUAUGUUCAUAUAGAAUACAGAAAUUAUCUUUGAAUGAAUCUACGUUAUUCUUACUUUCAUUUUUACCCGUUACUAUGAUGACCAAUGCAAACAAUAUAUGUGAAACCAUUGUGGAACAAUUAUCUAAUCGUAAUAUUUCCAAUGAGAUGAUAAUCACAAUUUUAUACACGUUAAUGAAAUGGGAGAAAAUGGAUAUAGUCUUUACGUUAUUAAAAGAAUUGAUAACAAAAUUUACAAAUACAACGAUAGAGUAUAAUCAAGAAAAUAGUAAUGAUUUGUUUAUAAAAGAACAAGAAAAGACACUUAUAUUGACCGUAGAAAUACUCAAACAAUUAUUGAAUAUUGAUUUCCAAGAAAAAUUAUUGACUAUAUAUUAUGAAGAUUUAGUGAAUGCUUGGAAAGAAUUGCGUGUGAUACAAUAUCACAUGGAAAAUAGAUUGACACGUUCAAACGAAUUAAGUAACAUAAUGAAGGAACAAGUUUUGAUUGGUCUUUUCAAGGAUUAUUUAUCGAUGAUAUAUAUACUAUUGAAAAUUGACGUUUACGAUAUUUCAGAAUGUCUUCAAGAUAUAUUAUCAUGGAUCGAAGAGAAGGUGAUACCUAAAAUGCCUACAAUGGAAGAACAUAAGAAACAUCAAUUUCCAAUUAAUAUAUUGAAGAUAGUUUUUAACGUAUGCAAUUCUAUGAUAAAAGAAUGCCAACUGUCUACAAAGAUAUGUUGUAAAAUAAUAAUUCUGUAUUUCAAAUCUAUUUCUUCAUCCGUCGGCAUCAUUUUUAUCCAUGACGCUUUGAAAGCGAUCAUUGCUCUAUUGCACUUUAAUAAAACUCAAUAUUAUAAUGAAGAUUCUAAUUUACUAAAUACUAUUCUACCAAAGUUCUUAUGUGCUGUAAUGAUAUCUUUAAAUGAAUACUCCGAAGAUAUUAUAAUUGCAUAUACAAAUAAUUUAAAAAUUUUAACGUUGCUAAUAGAAAAAUAUUUUGAAACGAUCGUAUCUACGUACGAUGAUCAAAAGAUGCAUGCUACGUACUUAACUAUUAUAUUAAAUACUGGUAUCAAUGAUAUAAGUAAAGAAAUUAUUGAUAACGCUGGAAACAAUUCUGCAGAUAUAUUGAAAAUUAAAUUUCCAUAUCUCGCAGAGAAGAUUUUAAAAAAUACGUUAUACUUAAGGAAAUAUCAAGAUGCAUGCUUUUUUGCUAUAAAACAAGCUGUAAUACACUACAAUGAAAUUGAUAUACUUUCUACGUUAUUGAUAAUAAAUGAUAUGUUUAACUUGCCAAUUAAAUCCAUGAAAAAACUUCGAAACAUUACGCACGUUAUCAAGUUAGAAUAUGAAAAACGAUGUGAUCUUACUGUCCAUAAUAGGUAUUUUAUUCGAAGUACGUUUAUAUCUUCUAUAUUAAUAUUAACAAUUAGAAAUCACUUUUUUUCCUUUCAGACUUAUUGUUGAUGCAAUAGAAACAAUCAUCAAAUUGAUACAAAGUAAGUUUUAAAAGGGAAACAAAGAGUGCAACCUAUAUGCAAUAAUUUAUUGUUAAUCUAUUAAAAAUGUUUGCUAUGAUUGAUAUUUUUAUAAACAUAUUAUAUUCAUAUAUUUUAUAGAAAUAGAAAUAUUAUAGUUAAUAGAUAUGAAAGCAUUUGUUUGUAAAAUAUUAAUGAAGAAUAAUCUUCAAUGGCAUAUUUUGUUACUUUAUUUUGAUAUAAAUAAUUUUUCUUUGGAAUGUAAUAUAUACUAUUUUGAUUGCAUCAAAAAUAGUAAUUAUCAAUACGUUUGUCAAUGUAUUAUGUAUGGUAAGAUAUUUUAUACAAAUUAUAUAAAUUUAACGUUUUUUAAUAUUUUUUAUAUAUAGUAAAGUCAUUAUUUCACCCAGACAACGUAAUGUUUCUCAUUUGUCUUACCGCAGCUACUACCCGGGGAUUGCAACCAGAGCUACCAUUUUGAUAUUCCUCUGGCGGCAAUCGUAAUAACAAUGACAUAUGUUGCAGAUUCUCUGAUAACGAAAGACCAAGCUCCUCUAAAACGUUUCCAACGUAAUCUACAAUAUGGAUUAAUGAAAUUAAUACUUUAACUUUAACAGCUGGAACGAUAUGAUUAUUCAAUUAUAAUCACCUAUAUCAGUAGCAAGUUGCUUGCAAGCAACAGAACUUAAUCGGCCAAUGGCUAAUGUUUGAUCAUGGAACAUUUGGCAAGUUCCUCUGGCAAUAAUAUCUAAUAAAAUGCCAGUAAAACCAGAUUCGGUUGAUCCCUGAGCGUACUGAGGAUCGGCAGCUUUUAAUGCCAAUGUUAAACUCGGAUUAUCUCUUAAUAAAAAUGGUUCUAAAUGUUGAGGAAGUGUCAUUAGAUAUUGGCCAACUUGCGUGAUAUAUUCUUGAGGUGCGAAGCUAUAAUCCGGUAGAUCCGUACUAAGAUGCAUUUUAUUGUCAUCUGACCAAGCAGGUGCUUUUUGAACUGAGAGUAAUUGGGUAAAAAUGGGUGCAAAAAUAACUUCGUAAGUUGCAUGAUGUAAAUCGGAGCAAAGUUUGUGAAUGGGUUUUAUAACUGAAUCAAGAAUAGUUUUGUCUUCUGUAAAUAAAAUAUGUCAUUACAAAAAAGUUCGAGAAGCAAUUUUUUAUAUUGGUUAAAAGGUCCGGCCGUAUGACUUAAUAAUUUAUUAUUAGAUUCGAUUAUAUCGAUUACUAAGGAUUUUUCAAACAGGUGCACUUGUCCCAAGAGUUCUCCUAUAAAAUAAAAUGAAAAAAAGAGAACUGACCAUGGAAGUCUUCCAAAAGUAAAGAAGAAUAAUUAUUUGAAAAAUACCUAUACUCUGCAUUAAGAUUGUAAAAGGCAAAGCGGUGGUAAACAUACAUUUAACGCUUUAAGUAAACCUGGAUAGCCGCAGCCAUCGGUAAACAAUUUACAACGUUUAUUUGCUUCGUGAGCAUAUCCGAUGACUCUUGGAAUGCUAAGUGAUAGAGAAUUGAUAGUAUCGCUUAGAUCAUCGUGUAAUAGAUCCAAAGAUUGGAGCUGUUGUUCUAAUUGUGCAACUUCGUAAGUUUUAUACUUCAUCACGUAUGGAACAUAUGGCGCAUAUAUUGCUUGCGCCAAAGAUAUUACAUAUUGAUUAAAUGUUUUUGUAUUA